AUGGGCAUAUUAACACCCGGUGGGGUGGUGAAUGCGAUGGCGUUCAUGGACAAUGGAUCCGAUACCACCUUGAUCAACAAACGGUUGACCGUAAAUCACAACAUCACCACCCAACCAUCUUCCCUGACGAUCAGCACGGUGAACGGCACCAAGGCGACGACCAGCGAUCAAGCAAACGUGACGUUAGUUUCUCUAGAUAAUGGUGAACAAGUAGAGAUGACGGAAGCUUUCACCAUCGCAGACUUGCCGAUGCAAGCAGUGGAAUCAAUCGGGGAAUUAGCAACGCGCUGGCCGCGCCUGCGAGGCUUGUGUUUCGAAGAAGCCGACUCUCCCGAAGUAGAUUUGCUAAUAGGGUGUGACGUGCCCGAAGCACACUGGGUCCUGGAGCAGAGACUGAGCGGCAGGAAAGAACCAUAUGCUGCUCGCACCGUAAUCAGAUGGACGUUGUUUCGACCACUUCAGGCGAAAAAUCGUAAACCGUUAUCAGUUAACUUCACCAACACCACUGCUAGCAACAAUACGGUCGAACAGUCUCUCCAAAGAAUGUAUGAUAACUAG